AAUAACUUCUCUUAUGGCCCUUCAAGGUCAUGCGUCUUCCUCUUCCUUUUAUCCGUUUAUUCAUUGGUGGAAAUAUGAUGUAUUCUUGAGUUUUAGAGGCAAAGAUACUCGUCAAGGUUUCACAACCCAUCUUCAUGAAGCUCUGGACCGGAAGAAAAUAAAUACUUACAUUGAUGACAAGCUUCCAAGAGGGGAUGAAAUCUCACAAGAACUUCUCAAAGCUAUUGAAAGCUCAAGGAUUUCAAUUGUCGUGCUCUCAAAAAACUAUGCAUCAUCCACGUGGUGCUUGAAUGAGUUGAUAAAGAUCCUUGAGUGUAAAAAUGCAAAGCAGCAAAAAGUUCUACCAGUGUUUUACGAUGUAAAUCCAACAGAGGUACGACAUCAUGGAGAGAGUUUUGGAAAAGCAUUGGUUAAACUUAAGAAAAGGCUCAAGGAUGAGACGAAGGUGCAAAGGUGGAAAGCAGCCCUUACAGAAUUGGCCAGUUUGUCUGGGUUCACUUUAGGAAAUAGGAAUGAACCAGAAGUUAUUCAAGAGAUUGUUCGAGAGGUUUCAAGAUUAGUAAAGCGUAAAUAUUUAAAUGACAUUGUCAAGCAUCCAGUCGGAAUGGAAUCUAGAGUAAAAGACAUCCAUAAUAAGCUUCUAAGUGUGGGAGUGAAUGAGAUACGCAUGCUAGGAAUCUAUGGAAUUGGAGGAGUUGGUAAGACAAAUUUGGCUAAAGAAAUCUACAACUCAUUUAUUGACCAAUUUGAAGAUUGUUGCUUUCUUGCAAACGUGAGAGAAAUUUCAAAGCAUGACUAUGGUUUAAUUCGAUUGCAACAGACACUUCUUUGUGAGAUCCUAGGAGACUCAAGUUUGAAUGUUGCAAAUAUUGAUGAGGGAAUUGGUCUCAUAAAAGAGAUGCUUUGGGCUAAAAGGGUUCUUUUAGUUCUUGAUGAUUUGGAUAAGUCGGUCAAAGUUGAAACCUUACUUGGAGGAUGUGAUUGGUUUGGUUUAGGAAGCAUAAUCAUUAUAACGACAAGAGAUGAGCAUUUAUUAACUAUUUAUAAUGUUCAUUUACGAUAUAAGGUGAAGGAAUUAGAUCAUGAUGAAGCUCUUCGGUUAUUUUGUUGGAAUGCCUUCAAAAAUGAAAAGCCUAACCAUGAUUUUGUAGAACUCACAAAAGAUGUAUUGCAUUAUGCUGGGGGCCUUCCAUUGGCAUUAACGGUGCUAGGCUCGGAUCUAUAUGGUAGAGAUAUUCAUUAUUGGAGAAGUGCUUUAAAAAAGUACAAAACAAUUCCUCAUAAUGAUAUUCAUGAAAAGCUUAGAUUAAGUUAUGAUGGCUUGGAAGAAAGCCAGAAGAGUAUUUUCCUGGACAUUGCAUGUUUCUUUAUAGGAGAGGAAGAAGAAUAUGUUACUAAAGUACUUGAUGGUUGUGGUUUCUUUCCCAACUGUGAUAUCAAAGUACUAAUGGAUAAGUCUCUCAUAACCAUUGAGUAUGGCAAAUUAAUCAUGCAUGACUUACUCAAAGAUAUGGGUAGAGAAAUUGUUCGUCGAGAAUCACCCAAUGAACCCGAGAAACGCAGUAGGCUGUGGUUUCAUGAAGAUGUUCGUCGUGUAUUAGAAGAAACUAAGGGAACAAACAAGAUCCAAGGAAUAUUGAUAGAAUUGCCAGAACAAGACUCGAUAGAUUUGAUUCCUGGAGCUUUCACAGAGAUGACGAGUCUAAAGAUAUUUAUAAAUCGUAAUGCACGUUUUUCAAGAGGGCCUAAUUAUCUCUCAAACGAGUUAAGAGUACUUGAUUGUCGUGGCUAUCCAAAUCAUUGUUUCCCGCUAAACUUUAAUGGAAAGAAACUCGUCAUUUUAAGAAUGGAUGAAAGCUUGAUCAAAGAAUUGGGAGAUGGAUUGAAGAAUUUUCGGAAUUUGCAAACUAUGAAAUUCUCUAAAUGUGAAUUUCUAACAAAAAUUCCUGAUGUCUCGGGGCUCGAGACUUUAGAGAGAUUGGAAAUUAAGUAUUGCAAUAACUUAGUUGAGUUACAUAAAUCUAUUGGCUUCCUUGAUAAACUCGUCGAAUUGGAAAUUGAAAAUUGCGAGAGCCUUACCAGUUUCCCAAGAUCCCUCAAGUUGAGAUCUCUAAAAGAGCUUAUUCUUCGUUAUUGCGGAAGGCUGCAGAAGUUUCCUGAAAUUGAUCAGAGGGAAAUGAAAUGUUUAACAUGGGUUCAACUAGAACACAUGACUGCUAUCAAAGAAUUGCCUUCAUCUAUUUGGGAUCUCACUGGACUUAGACAAUUAAAAAUAAGCAGUUGCUACGAAGUAAGGCAUCUCCCUAUUAGGAGCCAACUUCUAACUGCAGCCUGCUAUUCCGCAUUGGGAUAUUUAGAUAUAUCGGGAAGCAAUAUCGUUAUCCUUCCUGAGUGGAUCAAAGGAUUUGUUCGAUUAUCGGUACUUGGGUUGCAUAAUUGUGUGCAGCUUAAAGAAAUCUUAGAACUUCCUCCAAAUAUAGAAGAGGUAUGCGCUAGUGGAUGCAUCUCGUUGGAGAGUUUUGUUGAAGUAUCAAAUAAGUUUGAAUUCAAUACAAGCAGCUGUCAUAAGCUACGUUCGAUUGACUUGAAUGGAUGCCAUAAAAUGGUUGUAAAUCCUCUAAGGUUUGAGGAAAAUGUAGAGGACCAGGAAGAAUGUCGACUUAUAUUUCCGGGAAAUAAGAUUCCAGAUUGGGACUACCAUUUCAAGCUGGAGAUUCCAAAUAAUUAUGUAAAUGAUUGGGUAAAUGUUGAUUUGGUGUAUUCGGAUGAGAUUAAAGGAAUCAUUGCAUGUGUUGUAGUUCAGUCCGAUCCCUCCCAAAGGUCUUCUCGCAUUGAUAUGCGUUGCGAUAUCUACUAUAAUGGUGUAUUUCAGUAUUCCACGUUUGGAAAAUGUAUUGAUCUAAUUGGUGGCUCAGAUAUUGUAGUCUUGCAUUACCACAAACUAGAUGGAGAGCAUUUCAAACCAGUGGAGGGAAUUCUGCAACUUAAGUGUUAUAGCUCCAGCGGUAGAGACCUAGUUAGAAGUAUAGGAAUCCGUGUGGUAUGCAAGCAGAAGGAGAUCAAUACAUUGCAAGUUGCAAGUUCGAAUCCCGGUCUUAACGUCCAGCAAUCUACGAGACCGCGUGAUAAUGAUGACGAUGAUUCAGAGAAUGAUAGGCACGAUGAGAAUAUUCCAAAUGAAGAUUUGGAACUUGGGGUCCAUUUGGUAGAGAAGCAUGAAGAGAAGGCCGCAAGAGAUCGUGAAGACGUUGGUGCCCAUGAUUUUGAUGGAUUCAGUGAAGAAAUUGAAGGUUGGGUAGCAGUAACGGAUGGUAAGAGGCGUCGUGAUGAAGAUGAUUGUAACGGCCUGGAAUUCAAUUGGUAUCCUCAUCAAAAGAGGCAGUAUUCUUCAACUAUGGGUAUCAGAAUGACAAAAUUAGAGAAUGACGACGAGAAUUCAAAGGAAAAUUUGGAUUUAGAGCUUAAGCUUGGGUUGUAAUUAAAAGCGUCCCUUUCCUUCAUGCAAGCUCAUGCACUCUGGAGAAGCUACAAAACUGAUGAUUUUCUAGAACUGCCGUCUCUCUUUAUAAUUCAGGCUUUAUGCCUCCUUUUGUGCCUAGCUCUUUUAUUUUUAUUUUUUAUUUUGAUUUUCACUUGAUUUAUGCUUUUGAAAAAAUUUGUGUAAUAUAAUAAUUCAUAUUAUUUUUGUUUUUCUGUUUCAUCAAUCAAUAUUUAGGUUAUCACAUUUCUUAAAAAUAUUUAAUGACCGUUGAUUCAAGUGAUGUACAGUUAGUGUAAAAUCAAUCAUGCAUGCAUGGGGCUAUCAAAGGUUGGCGGCGACUGGCAGAAUCGCCUAUCUCAUUUUUUCUUUUUUGUCAUUUGUAGAUACACUGAUCUCAACUUAUGUGGAUUUUUUUUCUUUUUUUGAUGUAUUGAUUUGAUGAACCCGAUCUAGUAUCGAUUGGGAUUUGAUUAGCCUCUACGAUCUGUCUUUUAAUUAAGUUUUUGAGGAGUACUUCGUUUAAUAUGCAUAUAUUUUAGGGUAGUUUGCUCAUAGAAAUGGGUAAAGAUAAAAAAUUGAUUUAUUAAGUAUUAUGGUCUAUGUCAUGUAUAUUAUAUGAGAAUCCUUCCCUUAGAUAUGAGCUUGCAUUUGGCGUGAUUAGUGAGUGAAGGUGUUUCUUGGAUCCAAAAAUGAAAAAAACAAUUAUUAAAUUUAAAUUGAAAUUUGUGUUUCCUUUUAGUUUUAGUGGAGAUUUCCCAUUUUUUCCCCCAUAUCUCCUAUUUUCCAAUCCAUAUUUGAAUUCCUGGUUCUUAUAUUUUAACACUUUUCUAGAUUCAA